AUGGCUAAUGUCAACGAUGCAGAAUAUUCACUAGAUGCAUCUGCGAGCUCGCGUAUUGAACGCUUGCGCAAAGAUGAUCUCUGGAGCCUAGCAGCACAGAGACUGCUACUCGACUGCGAAGAAUUCGUCGCUGCAGUCGACUAA